AUGUUGGCAAACUUCAAGGCAUUGACUUUCGUAAGCAUAGCCCUUUGCCUACCAGUUGUAACAACUUCAGCUGUAAAAACACCAACAAAAAAGGCUAAAAGCGCAUGCGACGUAGCAACGCAGCUGCGGCAGAUGGCGGACUCCGCAAGGACCAAAAUCACAUCCACACAAGAAGCUGUCAAGACGAUGCUGACUACAGCUUCUAAGCCUGACGUCAUCGCCAACGGUGUUAACACAAACGCGGGCUGGGCAGCAGCUUAUCUGCGCUCAAUUUAUAUUCAAAAAGCCGCAGAAGCAAACGAUAAGCUAGCCGCAAAUACCCCAGCGUUAUUAAAAGGCAUCGAAGCGCUGAGCCGGCUCGCAGGGAGCCAGGAAGCAAUCAGCAGACUCUCACAGCUGCACCUACAAGAUCUAAAUAUGGCCACAGCCACGACAAGCACGGCGACAGCGACAAAAGGCCAACUCAAGCCCAAGCUGGACGCGGCUCUUAAAGCUCAUUGUGUCGGACAGGACGACAGCAGGGAAAAGGACUCGAGCACCGACGAUCAUAAUGCAGACCACAAAAACGCCAUAACGAUAGUGACAGUGACACCAACACCACCAGGAAGCGCGCUCGGCACCUACCUAACAAUAUGCGGCAGCAACUCGGUCAGCAGCGGCGCACCAAACACGGCAAGCUGCACUUCAACCCAGGCAACUAACAUAGGAUUCAAAGGAGGGCAAGUAUUCACGGCAACGGUAGCAGUUGCCCACACAACAGGCGACUCGGCCCCGCUUGCCUACAACGAAAUCGGCGACGAUGCGACGACGCCCAAUAAAGCGACAAUAAAAGCAGAACUUGCGCUGGUACUUGAAAUGGUUCACGCUGCAACACAACUCGGCACGAUAACACCACCUGCUACCAUUGAAAGCGCCUUUGAUGCCGCUUCCGCAGGGCACGCAAUAGCCAAAGCUUUGGGAGGCCACGAAGCGACAGCCGAGCAACCAAAUUUAAAGGAAAAAGUUAAACACACAACCGAAGAACUUUUCGGCAAAGAAAGAAACUCAAUCAAAACACAAAUAACCCAAUUACUGAACACCUUUCAGCCAAGUAAAGCAGCAGGCUCAGACGGCGCUAAAAAACUUGAUUCAAUAAACGCCCCUGAGGAGCUGUCAAAAGCAGCGACGUAUUACACUAUCAAAAAUUUUAUCGACGAGGAAGAGCAAAAAAAGAAAAACCAAGAAAACCCCUCUUGCCCAACCAAAACAGGCAAACUAGAAGAACCGAAAAAAUCAGCAGACGAAUGCAAAAAGCAUACAACGGAGCAAGCCUGCAAAGGUGAAAAAGGUUGCGAUUUUGAUGAGAAAAAAGACCCGAAAUGCUUUCCAAAUAAAAAAGUGUCUACAACCUCAACAGGGAGAAGAUCUAUUGUAAUCAACGCUCUUCCUUUGCUUGCAGUUUUGCUUCUAGCAUAA